AGUUCAGUACACGAGUAACUUUUGUAUCAGCAAAGUAUCGCGCAAUCUAAAACUUUUAAUAAAAUCUUAUAAAUUACAUAAAUAAAAAAAAAUAUAUAUAAAUAUAUAUAGUAAAUAAGUCUUUAAUUAAUUUCCAAUGUUUAUAAAUAUUUUGAAAUCGAUGUCAACGAGUUCAAUGAAUUAAAUCAAUCAAAUUAAUAACUCCAAAACCGGGUUGUCCUAGUCACAUCUAGAACAUGCCGCAGUAAUUUUUAAAUUUAAACUCACCAAUAAGUCCACCUUUGAUAGCUUAACUAUCAAUUUUUGUAUUAUAAAGAUUUUUGAAUAAAAAAUUUACGUAUUUAUAUACCUGUCAAUAUCUGAUGACGCAACAACACGAGAACAGUUUAAUUAACUCAUCUUCUAGGAUUGUAAAAAAUCGGUCAAGUAAUUAUUAAUGUCUCUAUUGAUUUUUCAACGAAUCGCAAUACGAAUAAUUGUAAACAUGACAACUCUCGGCAUUAUUAUUAAAUGACAGGUGUCCAAAAGUCUGGUGUGAUAAGUCUCCAGCAAAAAAAACAUAUUUGUUUAUUGGAAAAAUGCAACAGUUAUCAAACGCACGUGAAGAAACGGUUUAUUAUAAAGACGUUGUUAUAGUUGGAAAUGGACCGGGUGGAAUAUUUUUAUCAUUUAUGCUCAAUGGUAAUUGGCCUUACUACACUGGAGAUUCACAUCCAGGAGACGAAAUGCUCACAGCCCGUCUACAUUAUAUACUAGACAAUACUAAUAAAGUUAAUGAAGACAUAAAAAUUGAUGGAACUGAUAGUACUUUACGUUUGUACAAAGAUGAGGACAAAAAGACUGAGCCCGACUAUGAAAGACAGACGCAGAUUGAAAAAAGUGGAAGGAAGAGUCUGCUAGAGUGUACUCGGGAGGAGCUUGAGAUUUUGGCGACUGGUGUGGAAGGCCGGGGCACUUGCAGACCCCUGGCGUUGCUGCUGGAUCAGCUGCAGCAUCCGUGCGUCGACGCGGGGCUCAACUUACCAGGUCUGCUGAGUUGGAGAUCCGCUGAACACUUCCCGCAGCAGAAGGUCGUGAACCACGUGGUGCUGGGCAAAGGUCCGCCGGGCGGUGCCUGGCACUUUAUGGACCCAAAUGUACUGACUAUAAGUCUGAGUCGUUGGAUGUCGUUGCCAGGGUUGGAUUUUCAGAAGUGGGAAAGGCUGGUUGGGGCGGAACAGUUACGCAAGUUUUCUAUUUUGCUGCAAGACGCUCGUCUGUCCGCAGAGCCAAACUUUGACACGCUCGAUGCAAUGAAACGAAUUCCAGUUGGUAUUGUUGCUGCUUACUACAAAGAUUACGUUAAAAAACAAGGCCUAUCUAAAUAUUUUAAAACUGGCAGAACAAUAACAUCAGUACGACCUAUAUUAGAUAGAAAAGACUGUGAAGAUAAUUACAGCUGGGUCGUAAAAGGGUACGACAAUUUAAGCGGUCGGAAAUUUCGUUAUAAGUGUAAAAAAGUUGUCCUUGCCACUGGAUCAACGAACACAUUCAACCGCCUCGGACUUGCCGGUGAGGAAACCCAAUCCAGUUGGGUGACCCACGAUCUCAAUGACCUUGAAACCCGUCUCGAUCGGCUGGCCGGCAAAUGUAAAAAAUGUGGAGCACGAGAUAACCAGGACUUGAGCAAAAUAGAUCCAGUUCUCGUUGUCGGCGCCGGUUUAAGUGCCGCAGACGCAAUUAUAACAGCCCGUUGCCGCGGAAUUCCGGUAAUUCACGCAUUCCGUGAAUCGUCUGACGCGUCAUCAAUAGAGAGCGAGAGUGGAGUGAAACUGAGUGCCAACGUCUACGAAAGACUCCAGUCGCUUCCCAUCUCAUUGUACCCGGAAUACCACAAAAUUUAUGAAAUGAUGGCAGAUGGCAGAAAUCAUCGACUCUACAAGUCUCUCCCGGGCUACAAACUCGUAGACCUUGGUGUCAAAUCUAAUGACUCAAAUAAAACUAAAGAGAGAAGGGUAACUCUGAGGUCACCGAGCGGACAACUAUUUACAUUCCGUGUUUCCAUCCUUGCUAUUCUCAUUGGUUCGAAACCAGAUUUAUCUUACCUCGGAGACUAUGCAAAUAAGUUAGGAAAAGUCGAAGAUAAACCGAUAAGCGGGCGAUCUAAUCCCAUAAGAGUUGAUGACUUUACUUACGAAGUUAUCAAGUCGCCUAGGAAGGGAUUGUACGCAAUCGGAUCACUUGUCGGCGACAAUUUCGUACGUUUUAUACUUGGCGGGGCAUUCGGUGUCGCGGCCCACAUACUUCGUACCAUCGACACCGAAUAAUUACUCUAUGCAACACUAAUUUAUUAUUUAUAAUAUUAUUAUUAUUAAUACUACUAAUUUAUUCAACUACAGCAAGUUGAUAUCGUAACCGAGGACGCCUAAUGGUGCUACGCAAUGUCAAAUGAUAAGAUUACUCUUGUGCCUCCUUGACCGUUUUCACUAUUUAUUUACAUAGAAGUAUUUUUAUAUAAUAUUGACCGGGGGCUCAUUCUAAAUGACGGGACGGAUUAUCAAUUUAACUAUAAUUGAGAAGAGAUUAUUAUUAUUAUUGUUAUUUUUUUUUAUCAAGAUUAUAGUACGGAAUGUAGUGAACAUAUACAUAUAUAUAUUUUUUUACAAAAAUCAAGACUUAUUUAAUGAGUAUGUUCUGUGGGUUGCGGGAUGUAUUUAAAAAAUUUACUUUAUCUUUACUUUUUUAAAUAUUUACCUUGAGUAAUUUUUUUUCGUUUUUUUUAUAUAUUUAAUUAACAACAACAACCUAUUUACAGGUGCCUUUAAAUAGAAUCCAGGUGAUUAUGCUUAAAAUUUAAUAACAAAUGCGUAGAACACUUGUAGUGUAAAUGCUCUUUAGAAGCGUUUGAAACAAUAGGGUACAAAGAUAAAUAAUUUGUAAAUAUAUGUAUAGAUAGUAAUUAAUAAUAAUUAUUAUAUUAUACAUAUAUGUAUAUAUGUGUUUUAUAGCACAUCACACAAUUCCUAGUGGUAUCCACUAUUUAUAGACAACUUUCUUAGCAUCCCAUUGUUGAACAAUAUUAUUAUUAUUAUUAUUAUUAUUAUUAUUAUUAUUAUU